AUGACUGACUCCAAAGAGACCGAUCCACUACAACUCUUAAAGCAUUACACAGCUAAUAAUUUAACAUCUCAACUUCUUGAUCAAAGCUAUAACGUUGUUUCUAAACUUCAGGAUGCUACAUACAUACAGUUUGAUUCUUUACGAUUUGAUAAAAAUAUGCUAGCUACGUCUUUUCAAGGUCUAUCACAACAGAACUUUCCAUUAUCUGUUCUUUAUCACGCUACCACAACGAGGGAUCUGGAUUUUACUAAAUACAAUGAAGAUGCGACAGAAGAAAAAUUCACAAUACGUCUAAAUUACACUGAAAGGAAACAAUGGUUAAGCUUUGUCAGUGGCUCUUCACCUUUGGCAAACGAUUCCGAUAGGAAUUUAUUUGGAAAAACUUCAGAAAAGCGUAGGCACGAUAAUUCAGUAGAUAAUGAUCAUCAAAAUGCUGUGGAAAUAAAAAGACACAAAAAAGCACGCUUCGAGAAGGAUAAAAUUUGGAUGGAGAAUUACUUGAAAGAAUAUCAAUCUGCUUCGAACUGGCCUUGGGAGGAAUCAUUGGAAAGUAAAGACAAAGAAGAGAACUACUCGCAAUUUAUUCAAUAUGCAGAUCUCUAUUUCCUUAAAGCAAAAAGCCGUGAUCUGUCUGCUCAAGAAAGACCCGGCCAUCCUCGUACAUCAGAUCCUUAUGCGCGAACGCAUUAUCGUUCAGAUGUGAGACAAAGUUUGAAGACACCUAAAAACCCAUUGAUUUUGGUACCGCCAUCUCCUUCUGCAUUCGUUACCAUGUAUAAUAUAAAACAAUUAUUACAAGAUGCAAGAUUCGAAGAACAAGCCAAUCUUCGUGAUAAUCAAAAAAGGGAACACUUCAUUAAAAUUUGUCGAAAUGGAAAGACAUAUGAGUUCACAGAUUCAGUUGAUAAUUUACAGCAAUCAGAUUGGUUAGAGUACAAAAUUUUAAUGAACACAUACAUCGAAUAA